AUAAAAUGGUUUUCUUGUGUAGGAAUCCUCUUUAAAACAGUUAUAUGUUGAAUGCAAGGCUGUUUUGAAACAUUGUGUUUGUUUGGAGAGUCUUCCAGUAAUUGCAGCUAAAUAUGGCAUUAAUACAGUUGAUCAUAAAGCUGUUUCAUGUCAUAAGAGACUUGUUCGACGUUUAUUAUCAGAAGAUACGACAGAAGCAUUCACCGAUGCAGUUUAUGUUGCCAACUUAUUUACUGACCAACCUCAGUUAUAUGUUUAUAAACACCGAAUUAUAUCUUUAAUAUUAAAAGGAAAAUCGGAAGAUUGUUUGAAUAUUCUUGACCAAAAUGUUUCGCUCGCUGUGGAGUUAGGAGAGCAUGCUCUCAAAUACACCAUGUCUGUACUGGAUGAAAGUGAUUCUGUAUUUAAAGAAGAGAGAGCAAAUUGCUGUGCGUCUGUUCUGUGCAUGCUGGAUCAUAUGUUAUGUAACAGUGGGAAAUGGGUUGGCCUUAACUUGGCGAUUCCAAGGGAGUGGAAUGAAGACAUUGUGCUUGUGAAGAACAUUUAUACAUUACAGGUAAAACACAAUGAAGUUUUAUCAUUGACCAAAUACAAACUUGAUUCAUGUCGAGACAACAUUUUGUCACAAAAUCUGAUGCAUAAUAGCGACUCACCAAAUCAAAGUGCACGGAUUUUGCCACAUGUAAGUGACUUAUCAAUGGAAUGUAAGUCACAAACAUACAUCAAGCAUGAAGCCGACCAAAGCAAUAUAAGUGACUCUGGUGAUGGAGAUAAGAGGAAUAAUUCAUUCACUUCAUAUGCAAUGAUGUUGGAUUUGGCAAGAUUACUUGGCUACCCUCCAUUCACAAUUGAGUCUUCUGUGAUCAUCCACACAGCUGUAAAUAUGCAGCAGCAACUUGCUAUUCAACUUUCCCAUGAAUUGUUCAGUUACGCCCCAACAGCUAAAACUGCUGUUACCUUGUUACAAGUUUCGCAAAUAUUGCUCCAGCAAAUAAAACAAGUUGAUACCUAUCCACAACUUCUUCUAGAAAUCCAAAAUCUUGUAUCUUCUGCUGCAUCAUGCUGUGAUCGAAAUAAACUGAUAUCAAUUCUCUCAUUUAUUGAAGUUUGUAACUUGGCUGUUGAAUUACAUCUAGCGUCUGAUGCCAACGCAAAGUCAUGCCUUGCUCAGUGCAAGAAUGCGGCUCCAAAAGUUCGUAAAAACAAAUACGAGCACAGUGAUUGGUUGCAUGGCUGGUACAAGGAAGAUGAUGGUCUAACUUUAAAAAGUUCAGUUGUCAUGCCAAUGCUCAAACAAUUCAUCGGCUCAAUUAUACAAACUGAUGGUUUAUCAUUAUGUUGCACCCAACCACAAGAUAUGCAAUCUACGAGAAAUAAGUUGGCAGUGUUAUAUGACGGGCUCAUGAAAAUAUCUGUAGUUUUAAAAAACUCCCACCAUUACAUGCUUGCUCUACAGUGGAUGAUCAAGACAAUACAAACCACAAUUUCUUUCAUCUGUAACCACAGGGCUUUCUUUUAUAAAACUGAGGAGUUAACUGCAAUGAGUGGACUGUUAAUGCACACCAUUAAGAAGGGCAUGGAUGAACAGAUACAACAUACUGAAGUACUCGUGGAAAAGGUGUUGCUUGCAGUAAAACCAGAUGUCAACUUAGCAAUUGGAUUCCUCAUGGCUGUUGGUGAAACUAGGUCUAUGGGAGUGCUGGAAAAUAUUUGUCUAUCAGCAGGGAAUAAUUACACAACUAUCACAGCAACAGCAGAAGCUGGCUUGUAUAUUUCAAGGUUUCAUGGUUUGCUUUCCCAUGUACCAAAGUACAGAAUGUUGCUGCUUGAUGCAAAGUGGGCAUAUACAUUCACAUCACUCAAGAUCCCUGUGGAUGGCAUACUCCAGUCUACUUUACAAUGGAAACAAGCAUUCCUAUUUAAAUUAAUCACUCAUCCAUUGAUUACUGGAAGUUUGUUGAAAAGUUAUUGCAAAGAUUAUAAAAUGGACAGUGACAAAACACUCCUUCAGUACGUUGAUUGUUUAUUGGGUGGAGAUCUACAGAACAAACAGGAUUUAAAAGCAAUUAAUUCCCCUAAUUCAUUGGCCAUUCAAUAUGAUUUCCAUACGAACAGUUUGGCUUUAACACAAAACAAGUCACCUUCUACUUUCAUGCAAGCAUUUAGUUUCAACAACCAGCGCACCAAUGGUAGCAGAACAUGGAAAGCUAUUGAAGAAGAACUAAAGUGGCUCACAAAGAACAUCGUUGAUAAAUAUGAACUACUUCGCCAACUUGAGCGGUGUCUUCGUAACAACAUAUCCGCUUAUGAUUACGAUAAAAUUGAAUUCAUGUUAAAUCUAAUCAAGUUGAAUUUUACAUCUGCUGAUCAAGUACUGGAUGUGCAGAAGGGUUUGAAUUUGUUGAAUUAUUUACUACACAUCAAACGUGAAAAUAAUCCAACCGAUUUAGAAAAGCAGCAAUUUUGGAAAAGAGGAAGUGUGUCUUCUAAAAGUCUUCCAAGCAUAUCUAGCACAAGGCUUCCGCUGCAUGCAUUAUUAUACGGUGAUACCAACCAUGCAUGGAAAGUUAUAUCUGCUGAAGUAACAAAGAAGUCUGUGGAUCUACUUGUUCCUGUUGCAAAACUUCUCAAACUUAAUGUGGACAAACUAUAUAUGACAGCAGCUGAGAAUAUGAUUACAGAACUCUGUGGAAAUGACCAUGGUGAGCCUCUGGAAUUACAUCUCCCUGAGAUUCGUAGCUUGGUUGAAAACAUAUCAAGUUGUCAGAUGUGCGUAGCAAUGGCUCGUCGGGUGUCGGAACUCAUCCCAUCUGGUGCUGAGAAAGUGGAAUCAUAUAAAUGGUGUCUUUCUCUUUUAUCGGAAUGGAAAAAAUCAAUCCCUGAAGAUUCUUCUGAUAUGUCUUCAGUGGAUUCCGUAUUUCAAUCAAUUAACCAAGACUUCCGGACAUCGAACAUUGAACAUCUACUUGCCCUUGAAAAACUUAACACCGCAGAUGUGUUGUUGUUGGUCAACCAACCUGCCAACUUGAUUAUUCAUUUAUACCAACACCCAUCUAUUAUUCAGCGAUUCUACGCUCCAGGAGAUGCUUAUCCUGAUAUACAUGGUGUUGUGGACCAAGUUGCUGAGUUAUACGAUCAAGAUGUUGCGAGACUCAGGUUAACAAUGACAUUGAAAUUAUUGCUCACUGUUGAAAAGAAACAUGAUCAAGACCAAGAAGAAGAUAAUACUGUAAACUUGGAAAGACUUCGUUCAACUUUAAAACAAGUAUCUCAAGAAAAUAAAGAAGAAAAGACUUUAAUUCAGUUAUUGUAUUUAUUAACUUAUGGAAACCCUUUAACACAAGCAAAACACUUGAGUCGAUUGCUCGGUGAUCAAAAGCAUAGGAAAGUUACCAACAUUACCAAACUAAGGGUCUUGAAUUGUCUCUUCCAUAUCGUGGAUGAUGAUGUUAUUUAUAACUUGACAGAUAAAAGAGCAGAUCACCUCAGAGAUGAGCUGCAACUUUUCGUUUAUUUAUCAAAACUUGAUGCUGCCAACUUUAAGAUAUCAAUUUCCCAUCUGCGUGAAGCAGAUAAAUUAUCCGUGGUCCACAGUAUAUUAUCAUCUGCAACACAUAGACACAACCCAGACACUCUUAAAGUUGCAGCUGAGAUGUGCCAAGAGUUUGGACCUGCCCCACAAGAUACAUGGGCAGUGAUACUGCAACAGUUGGUUGCUUUGCAGGAGGUUUCAUAUCUACAUCAGUUACUGCCAAAUAUCUUCCACAUACCUGCUGUUUCUACACUACCAUGCCUUACUUCUGUAUGGCAGACAUGCGUCACCCUUCCACUUGUUGCGUUGACCCCACCAUUAGAUGAACAGCAGAAUGAAUUUGUUGUAUCUUGUUAUCACUUUCUGGUCCUAAGUCCUCUUCUGCAUCGAAUGAACUUGGCGUAUGUUGCUCAACAAUUUGAAUCACUUCAACUUUAUGCGCUUGCUUUGGGUUGUUUGCUUGCAUCACCUGCCAGCCAUGAUAGAGCACGAAAGUUAGUUGAGUUAAAAGGAACUGAAAUAGAAGCACAGAUGGAAAAGUUCUGUGGUGGAAAGUCUCCUAUUAUUGGGCAUAUGUUGCUAUCGACUUUCCUUUCCGCUAAUAAGAAAACUUAGAAUUGAUUGGAGAAAAGUGUAUUCACAAACAUGGUGUUUUUGAAAGUAUUACUCGCUUUUGUUUCUUCCUUAAAUACUUGGUUUAAUAUUGUUUGUUCCAAUAAUGUGGUACCAUUCAUUUACACUUUUCCUGUAAAUGGUGGUAUAUGGUAUGAUAUGUACUGUAUGAUAUGGUGUCCGGUAUGUUCUAUUUUUGUAUAAACUAUUUUUUGUUGUGUUUUUCAAUUCUGUUUGUGUAGAAAGUUUGUUAAUAUUAUUUUCGCUUUGCGUGUGACAACCCAACCAAAAUUUCAAAUGAAAGCUGUAUUAUAU